UGGUCACACCACACAGCUGCUUCUUCUUACACCUGCGGUCGCAUGGCCCGGGAACGUUUCUUUAAUUUUUUCCGAUUCUAUGGAAAAUGAUAAUUGACAAGCUGAAUUCGCUUAUGCUGAAAGAAAUGCAGCUUAGUUUCCAGCUCACCGAGGAGCGAGAGAGGGCCUCCGGUCGCAGCAAGCCGGGAAAACCAGUUCCAAAACCUUUGACUUCCAAACAGAAGGUGUUCCCAAAGACUUCCAGUGCUCCCGCAGAGAUUUCGGCGCCCAAAAAACAAAAAGGAAUGGAGUACCCCCAAAAAUCCAAGGGAAACUGGAAAACAGCCCAGAAAAGAGCAGUUCCCACCGAGGAGCCCAAACCAGAGAGUUCUCCGUCCAUAAAAAAGCCUAAAAAGGAUGAUGCUUUUCCUGCAAAGAAAUCCAAAGUAAAAUCCCAGAUAAUUUCGCCGCAAAAAAACAAAGUUCCAAAAGCACCACUUGUACCAGAAAAACACAACCAUUCCUGGACAAUUAAUAAUAAAAAAGGCUCCAAGCAACAGGUUGCAAAGAAAAAUGAUAUAGAUAAUCUUUCCAAGGCUAAAGUGGAGUUCCCGCCCAUAGCUAAAAGUUUCAAAGUUACAAAGGUAAAUUUUAUACCUGGAAAAUCCAAAAAAUGUUUUCAAAAAGGCGAGAGAAUCCAGUCAUCGGUCGUAGAAAGCGUCGGAACAAAUGGUCUGGUGAAGCAUUCAUCCAGUGAAGAAUCCUUUGCCGAAGAGCGGGAAGGCAGCAGGCAGGACGGUUUCGAGAUGGCCAAACGUUUGAAAGCAGAUAGAAAAGGAUUAGUUCGAAAGAUCGAGCUCUUCAAGAACGCAUUGACGAAAACUGAUAGCGACGAUGAUGAUUACGACGAGGCAGACAAAGAGCCUAAGAUUUUUAAAGGUCAUGGAAAAGAAGUGGUUAAAAAGGUCAAGGUCCUUAAGAACUCACCACAAAGCAGCAAAGAUUUUGAAUCCAAUCAAUGUGAUUUGAUCGAGGUCUUCCAGAACGCAUUGGCGGAAACUGAAAGCGACGAUGACGACUUCGAACCACAAGGCAGCGAAGAUUUUGAAUCUGAAGAAUUUGACAGCGAAGAUUAUGGAUCUGAAGAAUUCGACAGCGAAGACUCUGAUGCGGAUUUUGACAGUGAAGAUAUGGAAGACUUUGAUAGUGAUGAAGAUUUUGACAGUGAAUAUAGCGAAAGUGAAUAUAGCGACAGUGAAGAUUUCGGCAGCAAUAUUUUUGACAGCGACGACCUUGAUUCUACUUAUGAACCACCUGAGAUCGAUGGAUUCUUUGAUGAUCCACCUUUGGGGAUUCAAAAGGAACCGCUUAUUAUAGAAGAAAUCUUUGAUGACCAACCUGUGGAUAAAAACCAAAAGAAACUGGUUAAGUAUAUACAUAAAGAAAAAGAGACUGUAAAAGAGGCAACUGUGGUCAAUGAGAUUGUAAAAGAGACAGCCGUAGCGGAGGAGAUUGUAGAAAAUGCAACAGUAGUAAAUGGUGUUGUAGAAAAAUCAACAGUGAACGAUGAAGUUGUGAAAGAAUCAAUACAAGAGCUUCCUAGUAAUACAGCAGAAUAUCCUAAAGAUCUCAAGGAAAUCGAAGUUCACGCUGAGGAGGUGCUAGCUGAAAAUGUUACACCUGCCAAGGAAAAAGUUUCUCUACCAAAUGAGACACCAUUCUAUAGAAAUCCGCUAUCGAGUCCCACUGAGCUCACCGUAUUUGAAAACAGUCUGAAGAGCAACCAUGUGCUGGCCGUGAUUAAAGAAGACCUCGAGCUGUACGGCACACUGGUGCUCACCCUGCUGGGUGGCCAGAUAUCAGUGAAUGGUUACAAACCUCGCAAGCAGGAGCCACUUACCAUUUAUUCACCGAAAGGUCUCAACUGGAUUUUCAUCUCGCCCAUCAAGACCAAAAAACCUGCCAAAGAUGAGGUGAAUUGGGCCGAACUAAACAAGAACUUCACUCGCGCCCAGCUGGACAGGAUUCAGGGCAGCUUUCAAAAACAGACGAAUGCAAUAGUACUUCUGCAGCGAAACACUGGAGCCCAGCGAAUGGUCGAGAACUUUGGCAAGCACAUGACACAGAAUUUAUUCCCACAGAUUAACUCCUCCAAUCGUCCAUAUCACCAAAGUGAAUCCUUGUUGCACUGCCUCAUUCAAUCCUCCGAUUUGAGCCGCACUCUACAGGUGCCCCAGGUGUGGAAUAAGCUUAAAAUUCAGAAUACUAGUCGGGUAAUAAUAGCAGGUGGAAAGGGCGUUGGAAAGUCCAGUUUGCUACGUUACCUCAUCAAUCGGAAUCUGGGCCAGUUUCCAUCUCUCCUGCUCAUCGAUUUGGACAUUGGCCAGCCGGAAAUCUUUGUUCCCCAGACAGUUUCUUGCACCCUAAUUGAUGAGCCGCUUUUGGGACCCGGAUUCCUCUUUAACAAGCAGCCCGAUCACGCCUACGUAGUGGGUCACACGCACAUAGUCAUGUGCGCAGAGCAGUAUGCCCGAGCCUUUAUCGAGCUAAUCCAGAUCGUUCAAAAGGAUGCCAAAUAUGCAAAUAUUCCCUGGCUGAUUAACACAAUGGGAUACAACAAAGGAUUUGGAACCGAACUGAUGGCCCUGCUGGUGGAUCGCAUCCGUCCCACGGACCUUGUGCAGAUUGCCAGUCCGAUUCCGAUCAACAACUUUGAUUCUCCCCUCGAGUGGAGCAGUUUGUCGCAGUUGAAACCCAUUAUCUUCACGGCGGAUGAGUUUAGAGUGAAGAAUUUGCCCAAGUACACGCUCCACAAGUUGCUCAGUGCGGUGCCUCCAAAAGAACGAGGAACUUGGAGCCUGAGUGCCAAGGAUAUGCGGUAUUCCAAUAUUUUGGCACGCCUUAGUUCGUGUUUCGCGGGAAAUGGCAAAUCCCUCACAGACUGCUCGCCACUGAAGGUGCCCCUGGAGUCCCUGAAGAUAAUACAUGUCACCAGCAAGGAUUACUCAAGAGAGGAACUGAUCUAUGGCAUGGAUGCCAAUGUGAUCUAUCUGUGUCAUCAGGGAGCAGGCCUGCCUCGGUGUUUGGGAAUAGGAGUGGUCCGUGCCAUAGACUAUAAGCGGAAGGAGAUGUUCCUAAUUCCGGCGAUGCCGCUCCAAAGGAUGUCCCUGGUGAACUGCGUAGUCCUUGGCGGAGAAGUAACCUUGCCGCAGGGCUACUUCAAAGAUCAGGGUCAGGGAGUUGUUAGCAGUGUGCCCUACGUGUUCAUCCUUGACGACUCGAAAGCCUCGAAGAGCAUUCAGCAGAUCUACCAUCGAAAGCCAGCCUUUCUGGGCGUGCCAGUGAAUCAAAGGAACUGAAACUAAACCGGGUCCACCGUGUAUAUAAGAAAUAUUUGUAAAUAAAAAGAGGUUUAUUGACUAA